AUGGCACCAUAUCCAGAGUCGCACUCGGCAGCGACAUGCAUGUCCAAUUGGACUCUAGCAAUCUCUUCCUGCAUCGACGCAUCAUGCAGUGUCUCUGUCUCUUCCGCCAGUGUCAAUACCCGCACGAGCAUGUUCUUCACACCCAGUCAUGAUACCUCGUGUCAACAAGCUUCCAUCAAUGGUGUGACUCAACCUGACUCGAUGCUGCAGCUACGACCUGGUAUCUGCCAGAUGAACUCUUACAGGUUUGAGUCGUUCUUGGUGUCGACUGGCCAGAACGGUAUACAGCAAGACUGUUCGUUGGGAUUGUUCGAGGGGACACAGUGUGCUGGUGGUACGAGAGAGGUUCCUCUCAAUGGUAACAGUGCUUCAUCCGGAGAGUGUUGGGUCGUCGGUGGUCAGAGCGUGAUGCUAUCAUGUGGCGAAGGAGGGGAUGCAUCCGACAACCAGGCCGCUCACAGCUACAUAUCGUCUUUCUGCAGUAUCAGCGGUCAUACGCAGACCUCCACUCGCUUGCAAUCGUCGACCACACUCAUCGCUGCAGAUACGACCACCCUCGCUACAACAAUCGCCUCAAACUCGACUUCAUCAAACCUCACGGCCGGCACAUUCGGUGACCCUGCCACACCUGCAAACACGACAUCUCUCGCCACUACUAGCAUUGUCGUCAUCAUACCCAGCACUGUCUCUGUCAGCGGCGAAGGUGUCGAAGAGAAGAUGGCAAGGAAAGGUGGUGCUGCACAGUGGGCCUUGGUCGUCGUCGUGUUUGCUAGAAGCCUUAUGUAUUGA